GUUUCAUCUGUGCUCAGGGCAGUAUGUUGGGCCCUCUGUGGCAUGUGGGGCUUUGGUUUGAUGGUUAAGCUUUACGGAUUACAAUUAGGUAGAAUUGUUGGAACACUCUGGUCUGAGUGGAGUACUUUUAUUUUCAGAAAGCAGUAACCACUUAUUAAAGUAACUCUAUGUAUUCAAGCAAAUCAUGUGUUACAACUUCCUAAAUGGAUAAAAUGUGGAGGAUAUUUCGAACGACGUAUAAAACUAACCAAAAGCUUUUCUGUAAGACAUUGAUAUGCAAUUUUGCGGACCAGUGUAAAUCAUGUAUACAGUUAACAACGAAAUGUCAUUAUGGAUCCAGUACUACUGAUACCAGCAGAGGAAAUAUUCAAGUGUAUUAUGGAGCGUUAACACCUCAGAUUCGUGCAGUGAAAAUUUUCUCUUUAAUGUCCAGUGUAGCUGGCUUGGCGUCGCAGCCAAUUCUUAUACAUCAAAUGCCAAACUUGGGAACGCCUAUUGUAGUAACCCUCUUGGGUUUUGUGGGUUUAUUUACCUACGUCACCCCAUUUUUGCUUCAUAUGGUUACAAAGAAAUAUGUUACUUACAUAUAUUUCAAUUCAAACACUGGAAAGUAUUCUGCAGUUUGUUUAAAUUUCUUCCUCAGAGAAAAAACGAUUACUUUUACAACAGAUGAUAUUAUUGUACCAGAUGUACCAGGAAUGUUUACAUCUUUCCUAGUUAAGGGAUCACCUCUAUUUGUGGAUUCACGGCUGUUUGAUGAUCCUGGACAUUAUGCAAAGAUGAUGGGCUAUGACAAACCAAUAGACUUUAAGCUCAGUAAUGUCUCCCCCAAGAAGAUUAAUUCUGAUGGAAAGAAAGAUACAUCUUAGCAGUCUGCAAGAAAUAACUUCAUAAGACAAGAAAUGAUUGCAAGCUUAGGACAAGUAAAUCCAUGAAAAUAGUGUAAAGUGUACACUUAAUUGUUUCACAGGUCUCCAUAUGUAAUAUUGAAGUUGAAUGCAGAAAACAUACAUAUAGGCUGUUUUAAUCAUUUAUUUUGCAGCAUGUUUUCAUUAUGUACAACAGAUCUAUGUAAAGAGAUAAUUUGUAUGUACAAAUAAAUGAGUGACUAUGCAGUGCAA